CUGGCCAUUUGCAUAACUCUGCAAAGCGUAGUGAAAUCAAGUUAGUUCUGCAAAUAUAUAAAGAGCCACAAGACCACUUGUGGUAAGGCUUUUCUGUAACAACCAGCCAGGUAUCUCAGAAGCAGUGGAAAGGAUGAAGGGUGUUGGAGUAUUUCUUGUGUUUUCGAUGGUGGUCCUGAUGGGUCAACCUGCAGAGGGAUUUAUCCACCAUAUCAUUCAUGGCUUAACCGCUUUAUUAGAUGGAAAUGUGAAACGCGCAAAGGAGGAACUUUAUAAGCGGAAACUGGACCAGCAGAGGGACCAGAAGGAUGAGCAGGAAGACCAACAGGAUGACCAACAGGACGACCAACAGGACGACCAACAAGACGACCAACAGGACGACCAACAAGACGACCAACAAGACGACCAACAAGACGACCAACAGGACGACCAACAGGAAGACGACCAACAACUGGAUAAGCAGCAGAAGGAAUAAAAAUGUUACUGCUUUUUAAAACAACAAUGCUAUGCUUAAAUCCAACAGUACUUUUCUUCUUUUACAAAGUAUAAACAUGACCAAAUCUGUAUUGGUGAUAUAUUUACAAUGAAUUUGCUUACAAAAUGUGUUUUUGGUCUUUUUUGGUUGAAAAAAAUAAAUAAAUCAAUAAAUAUUUUUGCUGGCACUGUU